AUGGCUAAGUCACGCAAAGACGUCAAGUUCCAGCAUCGCGGUAGCAACCCCAACACCAAGGCGCGCCGCCCGUCUAUGAGCGUGUCUGAACACUCGGAGGGGGGUCAAUCCGAGCCUACCAGUCCUACAAGAAAUGGCCAUGCUGUCGGCAAAAUCGAUGAGACCCCCGCACCUCCGGAGCAGUCGGAUUACGAAAAGAAGAUGCAAAACCUCUACACGCGCACUAUAUGGACGUUCGCUAUGCUCGGUGGCUUCUUCUGGGCUCUCUUCGCCGGCCACAUCUACAUCAUCAUCCUCAUCACGGCCCUCCAGAUCAUCUCCUUCAAGGAGGUCAUCGCGAUACAUGCUGUACCUAGCAAAGCCCGGAACCUGCGAUUCACCAAGUCACUCAACUGGUAUUUCUUAGGGACUACCAUGUAUUUCCUGUACGGCGAGAGUGUAAUCUACUACUUCAAGCAUAUUCUGCUGGUCGAUCGCAUCCUACUUCCGCUUGCUACCCACCAUAGAUUCAUCUCCUUCAUGCUGUACAUCAUCGGCUUCAUCUUCUUCGUCUCAUCUCUGCAAAAGGGCCACUACAAGUUCCAGUUCAGCCAGUUUGCCUGGACGCACAUGGCUUUAUUCUUGAUUGUCGGACAGGCUCAUUUCAUCAUCAACAAUGUUUUCGAGGGCUUCAUCUGGUUUUUCAUGCCCGUUGCUUUGGUUGUCACAAAUGACAUCUUCGCCUACCUCUGUGGUAUUACCUUUGGUCGGACACCUUUGAUCAAGAUCUCGCCUAAGAAGACUUGGGAGGGAUUUCUCGGAGCGUGGUUUUUCACCGUGCUUUUGGGCAUAGCGAUGACACACCUCAUGGCGCGAUCAAAGUAUUUCAUUUGCCCGGUCAAUGACCUCGGCGCAAACCUCUUCACUGGUUUGGAAUGCACCCCGAACCCAGUGUUUACCCCUAGGACUUACACCGUUCCCUUCAUUCCACCGGGCCUUCCGAUGAUCAGCAAUACGUACACGUUCAAACCCCUCUACCUCCAUGUUCUCGUCCUUGCCACGUUCGCCUCCUGGAUCGCACCUUUCGGUGGCUUCUUUGCUUCGGGCCUGAAGCGGACUUUUAAGAUCAAAGACUUUGGUGACAGCAUUCCCGGCCACGGCGGUGUCACGGAUCGCAUGGAUUGCCAGUUCAUCAUGGGAACAAUUACUUUCUUCUACUACUCCAGCUUCAUUGCAGUCAAUCACGCAACCGUCGGUAGCGUAUUGGAGGCGGCCAUCACCGGACUUACUCUUGAAGAGCAAGUCGAGGUUGUGAGAAUACUUGGGAAGAACCUGGUCGAGAAGGAGGUCUUGCCAACUCAGGUGAGUCGAUCUUUCUUCGACGAAAUGUUCAAAGCUGACUCGAAUCAGAUAUUGCAAUACCUCACAGCACCAGCGAAGAGAUGA